GUCGAGCUUUUGCUAUUAGCUUUCGUUAACAGUCAGAACAAGCGCGCUCUGUCGACUCCUUAGCUGGGACCCGAAAUGAUCGGUUUAUGUUGACAUCCCAAGUUGUCCCUAGCUCAUAUGUCAACAGCCUCUACAAAUCCACCAGUCGCUCCCCAGCUUGCGACUAUGGUUGCUAAGCCGAAGGACCUGCUGCGGGAGCUGCGCGAGGGGAACGCCCUCAAGGCGCUGAAGACUAUCAAGAACCAGGUUAUUGGCAGCAAGAGCAAGAAGUCGGCCUUCAUCAGCGCCGGCGCCGUGGAGGAGGUGCUGGGCGUACUGCGGUCAUGCCUGGCCUCCGCCGCCACCACCACCGCCUCCGCCGCGACGGCAUUGCACCCGCAAGAGCAUGACCUGCAACAGGACCAGCAGCUGCUUCUCCAGCAGCAGGCGGCGGUGGUGCUGGGCAGUCUGGCGUACGGCCACCCGGCGGGACUGCGCCAGCUCAUAUCGCAUGGCGGGCUGCCUCAGCUGGUGGCCAUGCUGGGGGCCGCCGACCAGGCAGUUGUGCAGGCCGGCCUGCGCGCACUGAAGCUGGCCACAGAGCAGCAGGAGGCGCUGCUACAGCUCCAAGGCGGUCCGGCGGCUGUAGCAGGGGAGCAGCAGCGGGAGCAGGUGCAGCUGCGGCUGGACGAGCCGGCGAUGGCGGCGGUGGUGCGGUGCUUGGACGCCGCCACAGCGCCAGCGGCCCAGGGGCAGGGGGUGGCGGGGGCGGGUCCGAACGCGGCGGCGGCGGCCAGUGGUAGCGGCAGCUGUGGCAGCGGUGACUCCGUGCGGGGCUCGGUGGCGGCGCUGGCGGCGGCGGUGGUUGCGGCGGCGUGCCGGCGACCGGAGGAGCUGAUGCUGGCGGUCAAAGCGGGCGCACCAGCCGGCCUUAUCAAGCUGCUGCUUGAGGGCGAGCGGCCAGACGCACAGGCGGCGGCGCUGGAGGGUCUGGCGCUGCUGCUGCCGCACGACCCCGCCGCCUGCGGUCUGGCGCUGUCGCGCCCGGCUGUGUACGGGCGGCUGACGGCGCUGCUUCGCGAUACCGAGCCGGGCGUGCGGCUGCUGGCGGCGGGCUGCAUCGCCACGCUGUCGCGCGACCCAGCCUGCGAGCAGCCGGAGGCCAUGCAGCGCGCCGCGCUGCCGGUGCUGCUGCGCCUGCUGGCGAACCCCUCCACCCGCCCACACGUGCCGGCGGUGCUGGCGCGCCUCAUUGAGGGCAGCGAGCCGCUGCAGAAGGCCGCCGCGGACGCUGACACCGUGCGCCUCCUGGCCGGACUCCUGGCGGCAGACGCCGCGCCUCCGCCGGCCUCCGCUGCGGCGGCGGCUGCUUCGCCCGCGACGAAAGCGGGUGCGGGCGCGCCGGCGGCGGCGGCUGAAGCCGGCAGCUCCGCUGCCGCCGCGGCGGGCUUGGCGUCCACGUCUGCGGUGGCUGCGCUGCGCGAGGGCUGCCUGCGGGCAUUGGGUAGCCUGUGUUUGAAUCGGGACGACAGCCGCAAGCAGCUGCUGGAAGCCAAGGUGCUGCGGCAUAUCGUACGUAGCCUGGAGGACCCCUGUGACGGCGUGCGGGCGGCGGCGGCGCUGUGUGUGCGGGCGCUCAGCCGCUGCGUGCGGACACUGCGCAGCAGCCUGCUGGACGGCGGUGGCGAGCUGGCGCCGGUGCUGGUGGCGCUGCUGGACGACGCCAACGUGGACGUGCGGUCCAGCGCCGCCGCCGCCAUGUGCAACCUAGUGUUGGACUUCUCCGCCGCCAAGUCCGCCGUGCUGGCGGCGGGCGGGCUGCGGCGGCUGGUGGCGCUGACGGGCGCGGAGCAGCCGCCGGCGCUGCGCCACCACGCGGCCUGGGCGCUGGGCAACAUGCUGUACCGGGCCGACGCGGCGGUGCGCACACAGCUGGUGCAGGCGCUGCCCUGGUCCCGGCUGGUGGGCCUGCUGUCCGACCCCGAGCCGGGCGUGGUGGAGCAGGCGCUGGUCAUCCUGCGCAACCUGUGCAUGGGCGACAGGCAGCACAUCGCAGCAGCCAUGGAGUGGGCCGCCGCGUCGCCUGCGGCGGCAGAAGCAGCGGCGGAUGCGGCGGGUGCGGAUGCCGGCAAGGGCACGGAGGACGCGGGCGCCAGUGCGGCUGGAAGUGGUUCUGGCGGUGGCGGCGAGAGGUCGGGGGCACAGCAGGGCCUGCUGGCGGUGCUGCAGGACCGCAUCGAGGCCGCUGCGGCAGCGGUCAAGACCGGGUUACCAGAUGCAGCCGGCGACGACCAGGCAGCUGAGCCCAUGGACAUCUCGGGCGCCGGCGAGCCGCCCGCCUCCCGCGCCGCCACGCCCGGCGCCGCGGCCGCCUCCCCGCUUCCCGCAUCCUCCUCCAGCCCAGGCUCCAGCACCAACUUCGCCGCAAGCUCAAGCCCGCAGCAGCCGGCGGCGAUUGCACAGGGCACGCACGCGCUGUAUGCGGUGGCCAACCUGUUGACAGGGGGGGCGGCACUGAAGGACGCGGUGAUGAGCCGGCGGCAGCUGCUGGCGGCGCUGGUGGCGCACCUGAAGCCGGCGGCAGGGGACCUGGCGCUGCCGGCAGUGUGGUGUGUCAUCAACCUGACCUGGGCGGCGGCGGCGGCGGCACCGCCUGCGGCGGUGGGCGGCGGCGCGGGGGACAGGGAGGCGCGGACGGAGCAGGAGGCGCUGGGCGCGAGGUGCCGGGCGUUGCAGGAGCUGGGGGCGCUGGAGGCGCUAGAGGCUCUGAGCCACAGCCACAGCUCGCGGGAUGUGCAGGAGCGCGCGAGGACGGCACUGGAGCAGCUGCGGAGGGGCUUGGGGCAGGGCUCGGCAGACGCAGAUGCAGAAGGUGCUGCGGUGCUGUGAGGGGAGAAGAUACGAGGAAGAGGAGGGAGUUCAAAGCGGAGACCAGGAUGAACAGCGCAUGAAGGUGGCAGCGAGGAGGUCGGCGAAGGCGUGCAUUGAGCAGGAUGGUGUUUCGCGAUCGCU